AUGAAGGAGCUGGUGGUUUCUGCUGGAGACAGUGUGGAAGUGACCCUGCCAAAGAACGAAGUCCAGCUGAACGCGUUCGUGCUUCCUGAGCCACCACCUCGAACCACAUAUUCCUAUGAGUGGGAAUUGAUUACUCAUCCAAAAGACUACAGUGGAGAAAUGGAAGGGAAGCACUCCCAGACCCUGAAGUUGUCUAAGCUCACUGUUGGUCUGUACGAGUUCAAAGUGGUUGUUGAUGGGGAAAACGCACGUGGAGAAGGAUAUGUGAAUGUGACAGUGAAUCCAAAGCCCCGGGUGAAUCAGCCUCCUGUUGCCAUCGUGUCCCCACAGUCCCAGGAGAUCUCACUGCCAACCAUUUCCACUGUUAUCGACGGCAGCCAAAGCACUGAUGAUGACAAAAUUGUCAGCUACCACUGGGAAGAGCUGAAGGGUCCUCUGCGGGAGGAGAAGGUCUCCAGUGACACUGCCAUACUGACCCUGACCAACCUGGUGCCUGGGAACUACACCUUCAGUCUAACAGUCGUGGACUCAGAUGGUGCCAGCAACUCCACCACUGCAAACCUGACUGUGAACAAGGCAGUGGAUUAUCCUCCAGUGGCAAAUGCAGGCCCAAACCAGGUGAUCACUCUGCCCCAGAACUCCAUCACCCUCUACGGCAACCAGAGCACGGAUGAUCACAGCAUCGUCAGCUACGAGUGGCUGCUCAGCCCCAACAGCAAGGGGAAGGUGAUGGAGAUGCAGGGGGUGAGGACACCAGUCUUGCAGCUCUCUGCAAUGCAGGAAGGAGAUUACACCUACCAGCUCAUAGUGACUGAUUCUGCUGGGCACCAGUCCACUGCAGAGGUCACUGUGAUAGUCCAGCCAGAGAACAACAAGCCCCCAAAGGCAGAUGCUGGUCCAGAUAAAGAGUUGACUCUUCCUGUGGACAGCACCACUCUAGAUGGCAGCAAGAGCUCGGAUGACCAGAAGAUAGUUUCGUUUCUGUGGGAGAAAACACGGGGCCCAGAUGGUGUCAAACUGGAGAAUGCCAACAGCAGCAUUGCCACUGUCACAGGCCUCCAGGUGGGGACAUAUGAGUUCACUCUGACAGUGAAAGAUGAGAGGAACCUGCAGAGCCAAAGCUCAGUCAAUGUCAUCGUCAAGGAAGAGAUAAACAAGCCACCCAUUGCAAAGAUUGCUGGCAAUGUGGUCAUCACCUUGCCCACAAACACCGCGGAGCUGGAUGGAUCCAAGUCCUCCGAUGAUAAGGCGAUUGUCAGCUACCUGUGGACCCGGGAUGAGGGGAGCCCUGCAGCUGGGGAAGUCUUAAAUAAUUCAGAUCAUCAUCCUGUUCUCCUCCUGUCCAAUUUGGUAGAAGGAACCUACACAUUUCACCUCAGAGUAACAGAUGCCAAAGGAGAGAGUGAUGUGGAAAGGACCACGGUAGAGGUCAGACCUGAUCCUAGGAAAAAUAACCUUGUGGAGAUGAUUCUGGAUGUGAACGUCAGCCAGCUGACGGAGCGGCAGAAGGGGAUGUUCAUCCGGCAGAUAGGAGUGCUGCUGGGGGUCCUGGACUCAGACAUCACUGUGCAAAAGAUCCAGCCAUACACUGAACAAAGCACGAAGAUGGUGUUCUUUGUCCAGAACCAGCCUCCCCACCAGAUAUUCAAGGGCCGAGAAGUGGCCUGGACGCUGAAGAACGAGCUGCGGAAGCAGCAGUCAGACUUCCUCAUCUUCCGCGCGCUGGAGAUCAACACAGUCACCUGUCAGCUGAACUGCUCUGAGCACGGGCGCUGCGACUCCUUCACCAAGCGCUGUGUCUGUGACCCCUUCUGGAUGGAGAACUUCGUCAGGGUGCAGAUGGGGGAUGGUGAAAGCAACUGUGAGUGGAGUGUGCUGUAUGUGAUCAUUGCAUCUUUUGUCAUCGUGGUUGCCCUUGGAAUCUUGUCCUGGAUGGUGAUCUGCUGUUGUAAGAGCAGACGAAAAGGAAAGUCCAAAAGAAAAAGCAAAUACAAGAUUUUGGAUGCAACGGAUCAAGAAAGCCUGGAGUUAAAACCAAACCCCAAAGCAGGUGGCAGACAGAAAGCUCAGGUCCUCGACACGAGCCUGAUGCACUCCGAGUCUGAACUGGACAGCGAUGAAGCCAUUUUCACCUGGCCUGACCGGGAGAAAGGGAAGCUGCUCCGGAGCCAGAACGGCUCUGUGCGCAACGGACAA